AUGGAGAGAAUUAUCGCUGUAAUAUGCACUCUUGCAGAACGAGGCUUACCCUUCAGGGGAAACAAUGAACAAUUUGGAUCUCCAGAUAACAGCAAUUAUCUUGGUCUUUUAGAACUAGUAGCAAAAUUUGAUCCAUUUUUACUCGCUCAUAUCAAUCGGUAUGGAAAUUCCGGAUCAGGAAAUCCCUUUUAUUUGUUAAAAACUGUAUGUGAGGAAAUGAUUCAACUCAUGGCAAAAAAAGUUAAGGACGCAAUUCUGAGUGACGUGAAAAAGGCUGGAUAUUUCAGCUUGUCAGUAGAUUCCACCUCUGACAUUUCACAUACUGAUCAGUUGACUUUAAUUAUCAGAUAUGUAUCGCCUGAAGAGGGUUUACCAAGUGAGAGAUUUUUAACUUUCCUUGAGCUAAAAGACCACUCAGGAGAAAGCAUGGCCGAUUUAGUGUUUAAUUAUCUGACUACUGAGCUUGAAAUUGACUUUAGAAAAUGCCGAGGGCAGUCUUACGACAAUGCUGCCAACAUGUCUGACACAAGGUGGAAGGCACAUGCAAAAGCCACAGAAGCUAUUUUGGAAAGUUACAGAGCUAUCACUGAUGCCCUCAGUCAUUUGUACUCUGAUGUUAUUGAAAAGGGUGAUACCAGGCUUCAAGCUAAUUAUCUUAUGCAGAAAAUGGAAGAACUGGAAUUUGUGUUUAUGCUACAUUUUUGGACCCGUGUGAUACGUCAUUUUCACAAGGUCAGCAAAGCCAUUAAGAAAUCAGAACUGUUAUUGAGUACUUGUGAAUGUUUGUACAGUUCACUUCAGAAUUUUUUAAGCAAAGUUAGAGAAGAUUUUGAUGAGCUUGAGCAACAAGCAAAAGCCAUCUUGCCAAAUGUUAACUACAGAACUGUCACAAGGAGACAAAGAGUAAGGAAACGGCAAGGAAAUAACGGAAAUGCACCUGGUCCUGAUGCCUUAGAUGAAAUCUCUUGA